AUGUCCGUGUUCAUGGUCUUACUCCAUUUGUUUAUUUAUUAUAUUUCAUUCUUCGUUCAUUUAGGCACUCCUCAGAGUCAGAAUCAAAAUGAUCGUCAAUAUUGCGCAGUUAGUAAAUGCGGGAGCUUUGAGAAUAUACCGUUCCCCUUUUACCUGAAUGAUAGCUGCCGUACACUUUCAGAUGCUUUCUCCCUUUCCUGCGUGGAUAACUCCUCUUCACUUUUCCUCAACAUCGAUUCUGAGAGCUACAAUGUGCUCCAUUUCUUCUCUGACGGUGUAUUAGUAGAUUUCCCGCACACAAAUAAUAAUAAUACUUCCAUCUCCAUGUGUCGACAGUACAAUGACUUGAGGUCUUUCCCCUUCUCCGGGAACCAGUACUUUGGUAUUUCCAGGGAAAACAUGCUUGAUUUGAACGAUUGUGACGAAUCUUAUCAAUCUGAGCUGUGCAAAGUAGACUCAAUAUGUGAAGAAACAAGUUUUGAAGGUUGUGAUGGACGGAAACGAUAUCCUUCUUGCUGCUACCCACUGACAGACUGGCGCCCAUUUUCCGAUUUUUCAAAGUUAUUCGGAUGUAGAGGGUUUUCUUGUUGGGUAAAUUUGGGUGGAAGUAGAAUCGGGAAGCGUGGGAUUAAGCUUGAAUGGGCUGUCCCCGUAAACUCAACAGAGGCCACUUGUGCUGCCAAUGCGCAUCCUCUCAAUGCCACUUCUGUUGCAUCCGGGAUCCGAUGCCAAUGCUCCAAUGGAUUUCUUGGCGAUGGUUUUUCUACUGGACUUGGAUGCCUCAAAUCCUGCUUCAAAGAUGGAAAGGAACUUGGAGGGGAUGAUUGUUAUGCGAACAACCUUGGUCGAAAGAAGAAAAUAAUUUUAGCUGGGGUAGUAACCUCAGGUCUCAUUGUUGUCUCAUUGACAGCACUAUGUGUUUUGAAGUUACGGAGACGUAAGAUGAGGUCAGAUAAAUUUGGGUGCAGUGAGGGGCAUAGCGAAAGUGGGGUGUUGAGACAGAAAGCGGAUUGUAGAUCUUAUCGUUUAUUUAAAUACCAUGAACUUGAGGAAGCCACCAAAGGGUUUGGGGAAGUAGUAGUUGAUGAGGGCAGUACUAUUAUGUAUGCUGGAGUUGUUGUUAUAGGAGGAGGGGGAUCACAUUCACGUGUAGCCGUACAAAGGGUUAUUAUAAAUCAGUGUUGUAGUCAGCAGAUGAUUCAUGCUUUAUCCUCGAGAUUGGAGAGGUUAUCUGGCGUCUCCCACAGAAACAUGGCACGCAUUAUUGGAUGGUCCAUCGAUGCAGUACCCAUCAUUCAUGUUGUUUACGAGAAUGGAACCACCACCACCACCACCACCACCUUUAAGGAUCAUUUGACAAGAGAUGAUCAGAAUUAUAAGCUUGACUGGUGCACGAGAUUGAAAAUUGCUGCUGAAACUGCAAACGUUCUGUCCUUCCUCCAACACGAGAUUUCACCUCCAAUAUUCCACCAUGCACUUGAAACUGGUUGCAUCUUCCUAGAUACUAAUUUCACUGUCAAACUUGCUGGUUUUGGGAUGAUGACGAUGCAUCAUCAAAUCAUCGAUCAGGAGGAACAAAUUACAACUUGUUCUAAUUGUGCAGAGGAGGAUCAUCACUUGAACAAGAAUGAUGUGUACAGCCUUGGUUUAGUCCUUGUAGAAAUCAUCACAGGCGGCACCAUACAGCUGCAGGACAAAUAUUUUCCAAUUAGCAGGACAGCUUUUAAUUUGCAGAAGAUAAUAAACAAGGGAAAACUGGAAGAGAUUGUGGAUCCGAGCCUGUACUAUCACGAGCAGACACCAUUUAGGAGGGAGCAAAUAGAAAUCAUUGCUGACCUGGCAACGAGGUGCUUACUGUUCGGGCCACAUGGGAAACUUGGUAUGGCCGAUGUUGCAAGGGAGCUGAUGAUGCAUAUAUCUAGUAGCAGUAGUACUGUUGAUGGAAGUGGAAUAUUAGAGGAAACAUUUUCCAACUCAAGCCUGCUACAAAUGAUAUCAAUGUCACCAGAUAAUUCUAUUUACCUGCCUACUCCUGUAUCCUAAUUCAUUACCGU